AUGCCGCCGCCGCCGUUGGCAUUAUCUCUCAAAGAUCUUGAACUGAAACCAAACGAUGAUAAGUUGCAGCAAGCGAUUUCUUGCAUCCGCAUUUACCAAGCUCAGGCAAUACGCCUUGCCCGAGAGCAGCAGGAGGAAAUGUGUGAUAUUAUCAAGAGUCAUGACUACGUUAGAGCACGUACAGCAAAGAUAGCUUCAGCCCAUAAGCUGUACGGGCGGACGAUGAACGCCUUGAAGAAAAAAGGCAAACGUGUCGAGAACUUAUCAUGGCCCAUAUACCUCAUUUUGUCGGCCGUUUACAAGAAGCUACCCAAGAGGUAUAUAAAACUCGUUAGAAGGCUCUACGGAACGAGUUUUAUUGGCGAUUAUUCCAACACUUACCGUACCCUCCUC